AUGGAUCUCAAGAAUCCGUUUCGGAGUAUUAACUUCAGCCAUGGUAAACUGAAGUUGACCAAGAAGGAUCUUCUCACGUGGCAAGUCCGGGCAAAACUCGCAGGUGUGGCGCUCGUGGCGGUAGUCGCUACUAGUGUUGCUGGUCUGGCGGUCCAUAAGAAGCGACGAACAGAUCUUCGAGGAGAGCGGCCUCAGCCCUCUUUUAUGGACUCCCAUAGUAGGUCGAUAUUCAUGUGA